AUGUCAUCUCCAGCACGUCAAUCCCCGGCAUUAUCACCAUCACCAUCACCUCCACCAACAUUUCAUUCUCCAAUACUUCCCGAAGCUCCAAAGGAGAGUGCUGUACUUAUCAUCGCACCCAUUACCUUCAUCUCAUUUAUCAUAUCGCUCUUCCUCAUCGACAGGCGCAAUAGUUCUCUUCGAAUUCAUCAACAUUCAGAACCCCGCACAUAUCCAGAUACUUUCCUCGGGCGCAUUCAAGGUUAUCUACACAGAUUGAUCUUUAAACCACAACCAUAUGCAUACGUCAAAUCACCGUAUCGAGACCAAAAUGCGGAAGGAGAUAGGAAAAGGGAACAGGAGCCGUGGCAUUGGCAUACUAAACAGAAGAAGAUGAUGAAGAUGGAGGUUUCGGAUGCUUUUAAACUUCGACAAUGGGUGGUGGUUGGAAUGGCAGUUGUGGCGGUUGUGAUGGGUUUGCUCAUGUUAUUUCUUGGGCAUUGGAUAAGGCAGAUGUGGGUUUGA